CAGUUAACAUGAAAGCCAGUUACCGUAAAACACCGGCAAUUGUUGCCCAUAGACGAGAGGGAGUCAUUUAUUGACAGUAAACGAACUCGAGCCCAUUGAGGUGGCGGUAAUGCUUCCAAAAGAUGUUUGCCAACCGCCAUUAAAAAGGAAAAAGAAGAAGAAGAAGAAGAAGAAGACGAAGAAGCCGGCGUUUAGAAGAACUUUUAUCAGGAUUUUUUUUAGUUCUUUCGGAGUGGGGAAGUUGGUGAAUAAGAAGAGAUAUUAGGGAAACAGCCCCCUGCAGACUGAUGGCGGAAGCAGCUGGUAGGACGUGUGUGGUGGUGACGGGCGGCUCAGGCAUGGUGGGGCGAGCGAUAGAGCGCGUGGUGAAGGAGGAGGGAGGAGCGCAGGAGGGAGAGGAGUGGAUCUUUCUCUCCUCCAAAGACGCCGAUCUCACGGACAAGGAGGCCACCAGAGCACUCUUUCAGAGACUACGCCCCACACACGUCAUCCACUUGGCUGCCAUGGUGGGCGGACUGUUCCGGAAUAUGAGACAGAACCUAGACUUCUGGAGAUGUAAUGUCUUCAUCAACGAUAACGUCCUUCAGGCGGCUCAUGAGGUCGGAGUGGUGAAGGUCAUUUCCUGCCUCUCCACCUGCAUCUUCCCAGAUAAAACCAGCUACCCCAUCAAUGAGACCAUGAUCCAUAAUGGUCCCCCGCAUGAUUCCAACUUUGGGUACUCAUAUGCGAAGCGAAUUAUUGAUGUGCAAAAUAGGGGCUAUUUCCAGCAGUACGGUCAUCGGUACACAGCGGUGAUCCCCACUAAUGUAUUUGGGCCCCACGACAACUUCAACAUCGAGGAUGGACACGUGCUCCCUGGACUCAUACACAAGGCUUACAUUGCUCAGAAGGAGGGCACCACUCUGACGGUGUGGGGGUCGGGUAAGCCGCGGCGGCAGUUCAUCUACUCGCUGGACCUGGCGCGCCUCUUCCUGUGGGUCCUGAGGGAGUACAAUGAAGUGGAGCCCAUCAUCCUCUCAGUGGGAGAGGAGGAUGAGCUAUCCAUCAAAGAGGCUGCCCAAAGAGUGGUGGAGGCCCUGCAGUUUAAAGGGGAAGUCAUCUAUGACAGCAGCAAAGCGGAUGGUCAGUUUAAGAAGACUGCCAGUAAUGACAAACUACGACGCUACCUACCGGACUUCAAGUUCACCCCAUUUAACACAGCCAUUAAAGAGACUUGUGAUUGGUUCGUGGCUAACUAUGACAAGGCCAGGAAAUGAAGAUUCUCCCUGCAGAUUGGCUGCUCGUAAGCUGCAGAGAAAAGGUGUGUUCCGGAACGCAACAAACUGAAGGCCAGUGAAAUGAUUACAAUUUCACAGGAAGAUGAGGCUCGAGAAUUGUGAUUGGCUUAGCCUGUCCAGUGGGUGGGACAGUAUGAAUGCACAGGACUCAGCAGCACUUUCAUUUCACAACUUAAAUUCUUUUCUUUUUUGUUUAUGUUUUUGUAUGUUGGGAAUUGGAAAUGUAUGGGAAUAUUGGGUCAUGAAAAGCUAAGUUACAUGUAUUUCUACUGUUACAUGGGGAUAAUGAGACCUGCCACUUAUUGCUGUGACUUUUCCUCUCUUCUUAUCUUAAUACAAUCAGGACAGAUACAGAUUUACAUCUUAUUGUUUUAUUUUUAAUGCAUGCAAUGAAAACAAAACAUAAUUUUUGUAUUCUUUAUUUACAGUUAAUACUUUAUAAAUUAUAUGUUUCUAUAGCUUUCAUGACUUAUGUGGGUAAUAAAAAAUCUAUAAUGAUUAUUUUAUGUAUACUGUUAUAUACUGUUCUUGAAUUUUCCCUAGGGAUCAAUAAAGUAUCGAUCGAUCGAU